GAAAAGUCCAUUUCUUUGUUGUUUUGAAGAAGAGGGUAAUGGGUUUAAAGACUCAAACGUGGAACAUGAUGGGAGCCAAACUGAUGCUGGCAUUGAUCCUGCUCUCCUGGGCAUCUUCAGUGUCAUGCUUUGUUUCUUAUGACAGAAAAGCUAUUCUCAUUAAUGGCAAAAGGAGGAUUCUCAUCUCUGGUUCCAUUCACUAUCCCAGAAGCACGCCUGAGAUGUGGCCUGAUCUCAUAUGGAAGGCAAAACAAGGAGGGUUGGAUGUUAUUCAGACCUAUGUUUUCUGGAAUGGACAUGAACCUUCACCCGGAAAAUAUUACUUCGAGGACAGGUAUGAUCUGGUUCGGUUCGUCAAGCUGGUGCAACAAGCUGGUCUUUAUGUUCAUCUCCGGAUUGGGCCUUACAUCUGUGCUGAGUGGAAUUUUGGAGGAUUUCCUGUUUGGCUGAAAUAUGUCCCCGGGAUCUCGUUCAGGACGGACAAUAAGCCUUUCGAGGAUGCAAUGCAACGGUUCACGUAUAAGAUAGUCAACCUUAUGAAGGCAGAGAGGUUGUUUCAAACUCAGGGAGGUCCAAUAAUAUUAUCUCAGAUAGAGAAUGAAUAUGGACCAAUUGAAUGGGAAAUUGGAGCACCAGGCAAGGCAUACUCACAAUGGGCAGCAAAUAUGGCUGUGGGACUUGGCACUGGUGUUCCAUGGGUCAUGUGCAAGCAUGAGGAUGCUCCUGAUUCUGUGAUUGAUACCUGCAAUGGCUACUACUGCGAAAAUUUCAAACCAAAGUCAAUUUAUAAACCCAAGAUGUGGACUGAAAACUGGACCGGCUGGUAUAUUGAGUUUGGGGGAGCUGUGCCUUAUAGGCCAGCAGAGGAUGUGGCAUUCUCAGUCGCGAGGUUCAUUCAGAAUGGCGGUUCGUUCAUCAAUUACUAUAUGUAUCACGGAGGAACCAACUUUGGCAGGACAGCCGGUGGUCCCUUCAUUGCCACCAGCUAUGACUUUGAUGCUCCUCUAGAUGAAUUCGGUUUACUGAGGGAACCAAAAUGGAGUCACUUGAGAGAUUUGCACAAAGCCAUUAAGCAAAGUGAAUGGGCUCUAGUUUCUGCUGAUCCACAAGUGCAAUGGCUUGGAAGUAAUCAAGAGGCUCACGUGUUCAAAGCUGGAAGCGGCUGCGCGGCCUUCCUGGCAAACUACGACACAAAGUAUUCUGUCAGAGUCAAAUUCAGAAAUGGGCAAUAUGACUUGCCUGCUUGGUCCAUCAGCAUUCUUCCCGACUGCAAAACUGCUGUUUACAACACUGCAAGGGUCGGUGUACCGAUUUCUCAGAUCAAGAUGGUGCCGAUAGGUGGAUUCUCUUGGCAGUCGUACAUAGAAGAACCUGUCUCUGCCUUUGGUGACGGCACGUUCACAAAGGAUGGGCUGCUGGAGCAAAUUAGUCUCACUUGGGAUACUACGGACUAUUUGUGGUACACGACAGACAUCACGAUAAGUCCUAACGAAGCAUUUCUGUGGAGCGGCCAAUAUCCCGUGCUCACCAUAAUGUCAGCAGGACAUGCGAUGCAUGUUUUCGUCAAUGGUGAACUCGCAGGGUCAGCAUAUGGAUCAUUAAAGGAUCCAAGAAUAACAUACAGUGAAAAAGUGAAGCUGAGAGCUGGCAUCAACAAACUGUCGAUAUUGAGCGUAGCUGUUGGGCUUCCAAAUGUUGGCCUACAUUUUGAGACAUGGAAUACCGGGGUUCUUGGGCCAGUCACAUUGAAGGGCCUCAAUUCCAGGACGUGGGACAUGUCGAAAUGGAAAUGGAGUUACAAGGUUGGUCUCAAGGGCGAAGCUCUGAAUCUUCACACCCAAAGUGGUAGUUCCCCAGUUGAAUGGCUUGAAGGUUCAAAGUUGGUCCAAAGGCAGCCGCUGACGUGGUACAAGGCAACAUUCGAUGCUCCCCCAGGACAUGCUCCAUUAGCCUUGGACAUGAACAGCGUGGGAAAGGGUCAGAUAUGGAUAAAUGGUCGGAGCAUCGGACGCCACUGGCCUGCCUACACAGCUCGUGGCAAUUGUGGCACCUGCAGUUAUGCCGGAACUUUCAAUGAGUAUAAGUGCCGAAAGAAUUGUGGACAGCCGUCUCAAAGAUGGUACCACCUUCCCAGAUCGUGGUUGAAGCCCACGGGCAAUCAAUUGGUCAUCUUCGAAGAAUGGGGUGGCAACCCGAAUCAAAUUUUUUUGGUCCGAGUAUCAAGGACUUAGUAACAGCAGAACCUCUGAAUCGCUGUGGCUUAUGACCGACAUACCGCAAGUUCCGAAGUUCACAGAGCAAACGGUGUGCAAGAGUCAAGCCAUGCUAACUCACCAUUUUGCCGAAGUCAUAGACAGAAAUACAGCCCGGCAGGAAUAAACUGCAUAGAAAUGCUGGUGUGUCACACCUAGCUUGUGCUCCACAUAUGAACGCGAUCAAGUGGAAUUUCUCGGCCUUUCAAGUGUAUAGGCGUCGUGGUUGAGUGUCUCUAGAAAGCAGGACAGUCAUUUUGUUGCCUUGCUAAGAAGGACACUGAAAUGAAGUGCUUGUGACAAUGACAUGAAAUUCAACUCCUCCCGCUUU